AUGGAGCCGGCAGCGCUCGGCCGCCUGCGGCGCCUCCUGCCCGCCGCCCCGCGGGCCCCGCGGCUCGGCCGUGCCCUGGCGGCGUCCCGGGGUGGGCAGACGGGCGGCGGCGGAGCUCCGCGGGCGCGCCGCGACCUGUACGAGGUGCUGGGGGUCACGGCCACGGCGACGGCGGCGCAGAUCAAGACGGCGUACUACGAGCAGUCGUUCCGCUACCACCCCGACCGCAACGCCGGCAGUGCCGCCGCCGCCGCCCGCUUCGCCGCCGUUAGCGAGGCCUACCGGGUGCUGGGCAGCGCCGCCCUGCGCCGCAAGUACGACCGCGGCCUCCUCAGCCCCGAGGACCUGCGCGACGCCCCCCAGCCCUCGGGCCGCCCGCCCGCCCCCGCCCCGCCGCCGCCCCGGGCCCCCGCUGCCGCCCGCCGUGGGCCUGUCCCGCCGCCCUUCGACUUCGACGCCUUCUACCGGGCGCACUACGGGGAGCAGCUGGAGCGGGAGCGGGUGCUGCGGACGCGGCGGGAGCAGCUGCGGCUCCGCCGGGAGGAGGCCGCGGCCCAGGGACGCUUCCGGCUCCUCUCCGACCUCUCGGUCGGGCUCAUCUUCUUCCUGGGUUUCGCGAUCCUCUACGGCCUCAAGUGACAGCGGGGCCACAUCAGGGCUGGGCAGCCACCGGGGCACCCACCCAGCUUCACUGCUGCGGCGGGACGGAGCGUCACCAGUGGGCAUGGCAGCUGGCUGGGGGGAGUCCCCUGCACCCACACAGUUGGCAGGCACAGUGUGCAGGGUCUGCUCCUCAGGCUGUGACAUUUCCCCUCUGCCAGUGUGACCUUCAGACACGGUACGUGACCAGCAGGCACCAUGCGCGGGCUCCGCUCCUCGGGCUGCGGCAUGUCCCUUCUGCCAGUGUGACCUUCAGAGACAAUACACAACUAGCAGGCUCCGUGUGCGGGCUCUGCUCCUUGGGCUGUGACCUGACCCCUCUGACGGUGUGACCUUCAUACACGGAGUGCAACUGGCAGGCACAGUACAUGGCUGUGAUGUGAGCUCCGCAAGUGUGACCUGCAGGCAGCGUGUGAGCACUGGAUACCACAUGUAGGCUCUGCUCCGCAGGCUGCGAUGUGCCCCUGCCACCAGCGUGACCUUGCAAACGUGGUGUAGGGGCUCGACAGGCUGCGAUGUGCCCCCUCUGCCGAUGUGACCUGCAGACACAGUGCCUGACAGGGCUUGCCUCGCUGUGUGGCGAGUACGGAAGUCGUGGCUUCGGCAGCCUGGAAGAAUGAAACCUGGGCCCGUGGUGGCUCGUGUCCUGGUCAGCGUGUGACAUCGCCUGGAGGUGCUGCCCAAAACGCUGCUGUGUUCAGAACAGCCUGUCCUGUCUAGGGCUUGCCAGGAACUGCACAAGACCAUUCCGCACAGGCCUUCGUGGCUGGGAGUGGUACACUUCUGAGCACUGAGUGACAUUACUUGUGUUUUACAUGUAUCUAAGCAUCAUUUGCACAUACAAGUAUUUGCCUAUUUAAGUAUUGAAGUGUUUUAAGAACUAAAGAUUGUGUCUCUCAGA